AUGUCUCCUAUGAUGUAUAUAGACUUGAAAGAACCCUACCCGGAAGCUCCCAUCGAUAGUGUCUGUAGAGAUCAACUCCCGUGUCGAUUGGGGGUUGCGGAAUAUAUAAUUAAUUAUGAGCUCGAUGCCGGUGGGGGAAAUCGGAAAUCGACUGGUUUAGCAAAGAUUGAAUCAAACUGGAGGUUGAUGAUAACUGAAGAUAUGUUUACAAUUAUACUUUUAUUUAGUCUUUUUAUUAUCGGGGAAUCAGAGAUUUAUAUCGUAACAAUUGAAGGAGAGCCUGUUAUAAGUUACACUGGUGGCGUUAGUGGUUUCGAAGCCACUGCUGUUGAAGCCGAUGAGACACUUGAUGUCACUAGUGAUUUGGUUUCAUCGUAUUCCCUCCACUUGGAAUCGAAGCAUGAUUCUCUUCUUGAAACUUUGUUUGAUGAAGGAACUUACAAGAAACUGUAUAGUUACAAGCAUCUUAUCAAUGGGUUUGCUGUUGACUUAUCUCCCCAACAGGCAGAAACACUUAGGGGAUCCCUUGGUGUGAAAUCAGUGGAUAAAGAUUGGAAAGUGAGGAAACUGACGACUCACACACCGCAAUUUCUCGGGCUACCCACCGGAGUUUGGCCAAUGGGGGGCGGAUUUGAUCGAGCCGGUGAAGAUAUCGUGAUCGGAUUCAUUGAUUCCGGUGUUUUCCCACAUCAUCCAAGCUUUCGGAAUCCUGAUUCCGAACCAUAUGGUCCGAUUCCGAAGUUUAGAGGGAAAUGUGAAGUUGAUUCCGACACAAAGAAAAGUUUUUGCAACGGAAAAAUCGUUGGCGCCCAACAUUUCGCAAAAGCCGCCAUUGCCGCCGGUGCUUUUAAUCCCGAGGUUGAUUUUGCUUCGCCUUUGGAUGGUGAUGGACAUGGAAGUCACACUGCAGCAAUAGCUGCGGGAAAUAACGGGAUCCCAGUUCGAGUUCAUGGAUACGAAUUUGGAAAAGCAAGUGGAAUGGCUCCUCGGGCUAGAAUUGCUGUAUACAAGGCGCUUUACAGGCUAUUUGGAGGAUUUGUUGCCGAUGUCGUUGCUGCGAUUGAUCAAGCGGUUUAUGAUGGUGUUGACAUUUUGAAUCUUUCAGUGGGGCCCAAUAGUCCUCCGGCCACCACCAGAACCACCUUCUUGAACCCCUUUGAUGCUACGCUUCUGGCGGCUGUGAAGGCGGGAGUUUUUGUUGCUCAGGCGGCUGGAAAUGGUGGGCCGUAUGCAAAAUCUUUGGUGUCUUAUAGUCCAUGGAUUAUGUCUGUAGCUGCUGCUGUUGAUGAUCGAAGAUAUAAAAACCAUUUGACACUUGGAAAUGGAAAGAUUUUGGCAGGAAUUGGUUUGUCACCCGCUACAAGUCCAAAUCAAAAAUUGCCAAAGACCCGAACUUCUAAACAAAAACAUGUCGCCCAAACAGCAAAAACCCUAGGUGCAAUUGGAUUCGUUCUAGCAGUUGAAAAUGUCUCACCAGGCACAAAAUUUGAUCCAAUGCCUAUCGGAAUUCCGGGAAUUUUAAUCAUCGACGUUGACAAAUCAAUGGAGUUGAUUGAGUAUUAUAAAGCGUCUACUUUAAGGGAUUGGACUGGAAGAGUGAAGAGUUUUAAAGCUAGGGGAAUGAUUGGAAAUGGUUUGGAGCCGAUUCUUCAUAAAUCGGCUCCGGUAGUUGCAUUGUUUUCGGCCCGUGGGCCCAAUAUAAGAGAUUAUAGUUAUCGUGAUGCGGAUCUUUUAAAGCCCGAUAUUUUAGCACCGGGUUCUUUGAUUUGGGCUUCUUGGAGCCCGAAUGGGACGGAUGAUGUUAAUUAUAUAGGUGAAAACUUUGCUAUGGUUUCGGGAACAAGCAUGGCUGCACCACAUAUAGCAGGAAUAGCAGCUCUUGUAAAGCAAAAGCAUCCUCAUUGGAGCCCUGCAGCUAUUAAAUCGGCUUUAAUGACAAGUGCAAAUAUUUUGGAUAGAGGCCAAAAACCGAUUUUAUCCGAACAACAUUCGGAGUCAGAAACAUUGAUUUUUGUUCCUGCAACACCUUUUGAUUAUGGAAGUGGACAUGUCAAUCCUAGAGCUGCUUUGGACCCUGGUCUUGUCUUUGAUGCAGGUUAUCAAGAUUACCUCGGAUUCCUAUGCACAACACCCGGAAUCAACUACCACGAGCUCCUUAACUACACACACCACCCAUGUAACUACACCCUCGGCCACCCCUACAAUCUAAACUCCCCUUCAAUCACAAUCUCCCAUCUUGUUCGAACCCAAACCGUAACACGAAUUGUUACAAAUGUCAAUGAAAAAGAAACCUACACAAUCACCACAAGAAUGGGUCCAGCCAUAGCCAUUGACUCGAGCCCACGGUCCAUGACCAUAGGACCCGGUGCAUCACGUAGGUUCACCGUGACCCUAACCGUGAGGUCAGUAACCAGAGAGUACAGUUUUGGAGAGGUUAUGUUGAAGGGAAACAGAGGGCAUAAGGUUCGGGUACCCGUUGUAGCCAUGGGUUAUCAUCGGUAGUUGUGGGGUGUAAUGUAAUGUGAUUCUUUUGUAAAAGAGUAUGGAAAUAAGAUUAUAGAAAAUGGUAGGAGUGUUUAUAUCGUGUAAAGAGAGCAUGAUAGAAUGUGGUACUAGUGUGUGUGUGUGUUUUUAGUUGUAACUGUGGAGAAAGUGGUAUGUGUGCAUUUGGUUGAUGGGUUGUGUAAUACUCUUACCAUUUUGUAUAAUCUUAUUUGAACAAAUAAGCCUUCUUGAAAAAAAAUGUUAAUGGAGCACG